AAGAUGGCUCGGAAAGGUCGAUACACGAAAAAAUCAAAAUUGGGACCAGGAUUUCAACAACCUCAAAUGGAGCGACUGCGACUUCGGACUCUCACCAUGAUGGGAUGGCUCUCAAAUUCUCCCGACCAGUGGUGAUAGUGUCCCUGCAAGUGGUGAUAGUGUCCCCGCAACUUCACGCCCUUUCCGUCCCCCGCGAAGUGAACCAAGGCCUGCUUCAUAGAUGAGCACAAAUAAUGCCCAGAACUCGCUGCCAGGCAAUCUAAACUUGGACGCUAAUGCAAAUGAGGUACCUCUUCUUGAUGAAGAAGUUGACGACCUCCUUGAUGCUUCUGGAGCUCAGAGUCACAGAGGACGCAAGACUACAGAGCUUUGGACGGUUAAGAUCAUCGAUUCUGACGGCACAAUCAAGCCGUCAAAACUAAGCGUGAGGGAGGCUUUGGAAUGGCCUAACGGUAGGAAGAUUGUGCUCAAGUUCAACAACGCAAAGCAACCAAUUGGAGACGAAGCUGGACUGUUGAGUGGCGUGCUUGGUCUGCUGGGAUCUGACUAUGAAAAAUUUUAUAUCUUUGAGGAAAGUUGGCGUAAGAUUAUCACUAAAAACAAGGUUUAUAACGAAUGUGUCAAGCAAAUUUUCCACUUUGAUGAAAAUAGCGAAGGAACUAUCAAGAAAAAUAUUUUGAAAAGUAUGGGGAAGUCUUGGAAGGAAACAAGGUUGAGGUUGUAUGAUGAUUUUUAUGAGCCAACAUUCACGAUUGAACAAAAUAUUGAGCAUCGCUCACUGGGAAUUGAUCGAGAGCAUUAGAUAUGGUUCCUUGACUAUCGCGCCAAACCUGAGACGAAUGAGAAGUGCAGAAAAAAUGCGAUCAAUCGAUCAAAACAACUAUAUACCGACACUGGCGGUUCGAAAAGCUUUGCACGGCGGAUGGAAGUAAAGGUACUUUACUUUUUUAUUCACUCUUUAGACUAUCUCUGUGACUUAAUUUUUCUUGAUUUUGUUGAAUACGGUAAUGGCAAAAACUUUGUUGUUACAGUCAAAACAACAAGGAAGGAGAGUCGGUAGAGGAGAGUUAUGGAUCACAGUACAUAAAAAAAAGGAUGGCGCAUAUAUCAGUGAUGAAGCAAGAGCAAUUGGUGUAAGUACUACUUGUUAUAAUUAUCGAUAAAAUUAUGAUCUCAAAUAGGGUAAUAGUUUACUUCUAUAUGAAAUGCUAUAUGAUCUUUUCUUAAUUUUAUUGUGGCAUUUAUACUAUGAUAUAUGACCGACAAACAUUCAAAUUUGAUUCUGUGUAAUUUUUAAAUCUUAUAAAAUUUUGGCACCAUGUUGAUUAUAAUUUAUAUAAGCUUCAUUCGUAGGGAAAAAUAUGCAAUUCCAAAAUUUCUUUCGUAGUUGACACUUUUGCUCUUUUUAAGCCUUUGAUAAUCUUUCUCUUUGUAAAAGAUUUGAGCUUUUUUUUCUUGGUUUUAGAAUUUAUUUUGGUUAAAUUGCUAUUAGUUAUUGAAUCAUUAUUUCAAAGCUAAUAUAAAGGAAGAUUGAAAGACAAGGUUUUGGUAAGGGCUGUUGACAUUUAAAGGGUGAAUGCUAAGAUAUGGUUUUCGGAAAAGAGAAACCGGGUAGAGUACAUGGUGUGGGUUUCGGACCGACUCCUAGUCAACUCUUCGGUUCGAAUUCACAUGCGCUGGGCAACAGAAUCCAAGUAGAGGAGACCCAAAGGAAGCUGCUUGAACUGCAGGUAGAGCUGGAAGGCGAGAAGUUGAAGAGGAAGGCGAUGGAGGAUGAGGCAGCAGCAGAGAAGAAAAAGAGGCAGGCGAUGGAGAGUGCUCUGAUUUAUCUAUUUCAACGGCAGGGUGAGGAGCUGCCACCAGACAUCACUGCA